UUGUCACAUUAAAAAGUACCGAGCAACCGGAGGCAAUUUCAACCUACCUAACUGUCGCUAGUUUCUUCAUGCUAUCGACCAGUCGUACACCCAAAGCCUCCGACAAGACUGAUGGGCCGUCACAUAAUCUUCCAUGGAUUUCACAGAAUGGAAAAACUGGACCAAUUAGAUAAGAUUCCCUCAUCAUCGGAAUCUAGGAACGAGGAAUAUUCCGGUAAUGCAUCAGCAUCGGAUACACUGGUGUACGAGGAGAAUGAAGAGUCUCCACCGGAGCCGUUUUCGAAAAGAAAUUGGAAAUACUCCGGAGGCUUUCCAAGAGAACAGGGUUUCCCAAGAGCGGAUUAUAUGAGGACAGAAAACGGAAGACCGGUGUGUGCCCGAGACAAUAACUGCUCUUGCUUCGUUAUUCUUACCUUCUUGAUUUCCGGUAUUUUUUUGAUCAAAUUUUUGUGAAUAUUAUUUAUAUUGUUUGGCUUGUAACUAUAAUUGUAUACCUUUGGAUUAAUGUUUCAUGAAUUCACUCUUCAAGGUUCUGAUG